AGCUGAUGAUGGCUGAUAAGAUUACUGCAAGUGACAAGACUUUUGGACCCAAAUCCCUUUAAUACUUAAUUUCUAUUCAUUUUACUUUCUACAUCAGUCUUUUAACAGUUUUAAAUGUAUACGGAGUUAUAAUUUUGAACAGUUUCUUUCAAUCAGUGGGUUGUGACGUGCUUUUUUCGCGCUACGUCGUGUCUUCAUCCAUCACCUGCCUUUCAUCAUGGACAGUAACAAAGACGAGGCCAUCAGGUGCCUGGAAAUCGCUGAGAACUACAUCCGAGAUGGAAAUAGGGAAAAAGCUGAAAAGUUCCUACUGAAAGCUGAAAGGCUUUACUCCAUGCCCAAAACCAAAGAUCUGCUAGACUCUUUGGAUCGAUUGACCAGGGAUUCUGCACGAACGACGACUACAGAUGGACCCACUGGACCAAGGCAGCGUACUAAUACAGGUCCUAAAAAAACAGAAACCCGGACAGAAGCUCCUGAAUACUCCAAGGAUCAACUCGAGUGUGUCAGAAGGAUAAAAGUUUGCAAAGACUACUAUGAAAUCCUUGGCGUGACAAAAGAAGCGACUGACUCAGAAAUCAAGAAAGCUUACAAGAAACUUGCUUUACAGCUACAUCCAGACAAAAAUAAGGCUCCUGGAGCAGCUGAAGCAUUCAAAGCAAUUGGGAAUGCUGUUGCAAUUUUAACAAAUGAAGAAAAGAGGAAGCAGUAUGAUCUCUGUGGAUCAGAGCAGAAGCAACCCAAGAAUUUCCAGACUCAUCAUCAACAUGACUACACACGUGGAUUUGAUCCGGACAUGGCUGCUGAGGAACUGUUCUACUCGUUCUUCAGUCGAGGAUUCCCAACGCAGGGAAAUGCAUUCAUGGGACAAAGGACCAGGACAUACAGGACUGCCGACUUUGGCACCAAUAAUCAAAAUGCAAACAGCUUUACAGUAAUCCUACAGAUGUUACCUAUCAUUUUGAUCAUCCUCUUAUCCAUGAUGAGCAGUCUUUUUGUGACAGAUCCUGUUUACAGCUUAGCUCAGACUCCGAAAUUCCAUGUCUUGCGGCACACAAAGAAUCUAAAUGUUCCUUACUACGUGAAAGAGACUUUCCCUCAAGAUUACACAGGGAGUCAGUAUCGGCUAGAGACUUCUGUGGAGGAGGACUACAUUCAGCAAAUAGCCAGUGCAUGUGCGAGAGAAAAAAGUACCCGAGACAAGCUGUAUUGGCGAGGAACUGCAUUUGGUGAUCAAGCUUCACUAGAGAAAGCCAAAAACCUCUCAAUGCCAUCUUGUGAAACUUAUUACAGGCUUGUUGGCAGAGGUAGAGGCUGAAUUUAAACGGAAUGAAGAGAACGCUUUGAACAGUAUUUAUGAAACAUUCGUUUUUCAUGUUAAUUUUAAGAAUUGCUGUUGUUGUUAGGUGAGUUGUCUAGUACAUUUUUUAAUCUUUUCACCCUACCUUUUCAAAGUGUGAAAUGUCUUGUACUUUGGAUUGGAGGUGACAUAAGCAAGACGCAAUACUGAAUGCCCUAAAUAUUGCAGCAUGACUUGUGUCUCUUGAAAUAACAUCACUGAAACUAGCCUUAAAUAAAUGUAAAUGCAUGAUGAGUCACACUUGUGGUAGGAGCGUUACCUACAAGAUGGAACCAGUUCGAUUUUUGCUCUAGUCGAAACAAGUUAUCGAUAUUGUGAUGAGUACGUUCGGUUGGUGCUGGAAUCCAUCUUCCUGCGUGGUAAAAAAAGCAUCCUUUAGAAGUAUCUUUUGUUAAGGGUAAAUUAAAGAGCAUAUCAGAAUAGCCAAAGGAAAGACACAUGUUAAAGAAAAUAUAACCUUUUUCAGAAACUUUCAGUAAGCUAAACAGAUACACAUUGUAUUUGCAAAAUAGCAUGGGCAGCUAUUAUGCUAGUAUCUGGUCGGAUGCACAGUAUCUACUCUCAUCCUGAUUUCAAUACGAAAGAAUGGAGUAGUAUCUUUGACAAUUUUUCAUUUAGUCAACCUCUCUCGAGAGACAUUGAUAGCCUGCUUUAGUUAAGCUUCACAAUAGAAAAUUUGCUGGCUAACUAUGUUUACUCUCUCUUUUUCUCUUUUUCCUUUUUUUCUUGCUUUUAUGCCUGGGCUCUGUCUCACCCCCUUUUUUUAUAUCCUCAUGACAGCCUCUUAAUGGGGAAGAAAUGACAUUGUCUUCAGUUAGCCUUAAGACAGGAGUAUUGCAGUUUUUUUGCAAUAUCUUAAGUUCUAAUUGUUUUUUUGCAGUCUUUCGCGCCUUUCAGGGUUUUUCUGGCUUUUACUCAUUGAUAAAUAACUCUCUGUCCAGAAAAAAUGAAAUAAUAGACUUGUAUCAAAACUAUUUGUUUGCUGACCAGUAAACCUACAAAUCCUUUUUUUUUCCACUCUAGAAAGUUUUUUUUCUUCUUUUGAGUAUGUGUCGCCAAUAUUUGGCCACAAAACAACUCUUUUGCUAGUUUGCCUCUUUCCUCUCUGCUCCAGUUUGUAUUUUCCGAAGAAAAUACAUUAUUGUUUUUUCUUUCUUUCUCUCUUUCCCCCUUCAUCUUUUCACAAGAUCCAGCCAUUUCCAUCAUAUCAUACAGCAAUUUAUUUUCAAACUGUCUAAAAAAUGAUUCUUUUAUUUUGAUGUGAAACUCUAAAAGUGCAGCAAAUAUUAUUUUUCUUAACUCACAUCAAAAGUCAAAACUCCAAAAUCUCUCAUAUUUUAACCAUUAAAUGAUAACUUUUUGACUCGCUGCAUUAACCUCAAUGAGAAUUUCUGGAAAUUGUUCUUUUUUUUGAAACUUUCAAAUGUAAAAUACGAAGAUUGAUAAAAGUGGCAAACGCCUUUUGUUGGUACUGAAAGUGCAAAAUUUUAGGCUGAGCGGUGUAUUCUACCCUCGUAAAUUUAGGUAGGCAUAGUUAAUGCAUUUUUUUACUUUUUCACCAUCAAUUAUGUGAGUUCGAAUUCAAUAACUUUAAAGUGUAAUUGUUAUUUCUAUGGUGUCUCAAGUUCAGUAUUUAUCACGAGAGCUCUCUGUUAGAAUCUUUUUGAGGGACGAAGGCUUGUGAUGUCUCUACUUGACAUUGAUAAGUCCCACUCAUGAUAGUCUUUUUCCUUAGCACUUUUUCAGUGGCCCUUUUCAAAUUGAGAGACUGGAAAUUCAUGCAGUGCAACUUAUUCAUGCAAUUCAUGUUUUGAAACGUUUUUGCGACUAGCUCGAGUAUGUAAAACUUUUCAUGUAGCUCUAGAAGAAGAAUGCAAUCCACACCAUUAUGUCCCUCUAAUACUGCUGCCACGUAAAGAAAGAGGGCAGUAACUUUCUCUAAAUAAAUUAAGCGAUUCAGGAAAGUAAGGUUUCACAAAAACUUUUUCCUAUCCAGUAUUUCCGGUAGUCUAAGCUGUUUUAAAAAGCGGUAAGGUUUUAUUGUCAACAAGGAGAAUACCACUUUAAUAGAGUUUUUUUUUGAAGGGUUGAGGGGAGGAUUUUCAAUAUGUUUACUGUGCUGUUGGUAAAAUUUUGGUUCGGAAACAUGGAUUAAAGUGCUGUAGAUCUUAUUCUGCCCAAUCAAUCCUCUCUAUUGAUUUGCAGGGCUUAUAAACAUCUUAUGUAUUCCAUAAAAAUCUGAUCAAAAAUCUCAGUGAUACGAGAAACAUACAAGUAGAAAGUGCAAUUAAUUUAAGUCCUCAGGGACAGACCCACAACCAUAGCUGUAAGCCAUAGGUUAGUGGGAGGUCUUCUAUGGAGGAAAAGAUUUAAACAUUCCAGUUUCAAGACAGAAAUCUGAUUCAAGAAAGGUAGUUUCAUGAAAUGGAUAGCUGCAAACUGUGAAAGAAUAUUUAAUUACUUCAUUAAAUUUAAUCUUUUCCUUUUUUUUCUUUUUCUUUCCUAAUGAAAAACGCUGAUGUCCAGAGAUGAUUUUUUUACGUAAGGAAUUGACUAUCGUUCUCUGUCCAGUAUACAAAGUCAGUAGGUUUCACUUUGUACCUCAAGAAGAGAAUGAUUGUUUUUCGUGUCAUGAACAUGGGAAUCCUUUGUUUGCUGGCAUUGUUCGUUGUUCAGAAAUACCACUGCAUACCCAACUGAACAUUAAAUUUUUAAUUUCGGAAAUGCUGUUAUCACUCAUGGAGAAAUACUGACAAUGAUGUCAGAUUUAUUUGUCCUAGAUUUUUUUGUUUUUGUUAUCAACCUACUUCUCUAAAAAAACAAACAAAAAAAACGACCAGAAUCACUCAUAGAAAAUUUUUCCUACUUGUUUUACUUAGUGCUUUUGUUCUGUAGUGUAAAUCCUGUUUUUAGUUCGUUAUGGAUCAUAUGUUUAUUCUACGGUGUAUUCUUAUUCCUACACCUUGUAAAGUUGUGAAGAUAAUGGUAAUAUUUAUUUGUAAUUUAAUUUUCAGUUUUGUUUUCAAUAAAAGUUCUAUCAAAAGUUCA